UGUGCAAAGCUCGCGAAUUGAGAGGCAGAGGCAGCGGUAGUCAGGCUUAGGUGUUCUGCCCUCUCUCAAUACAAUUUUAGAUUUAGAUGCGGCUUAAAUCCAAAGGGAAAACACUUUAUAAGGUUGAAAGCUGUGUAGUUGCAACAGCCGGGGUUAUGAGCUAUCAAAUGCAAUUACAUUAAAAUAGAUUAUACUGUGUAAAUUGAGCCAUUCAGAAGUGAGAACCAAAGAAACGGCUCCGAUCCCCCUUCUUUCUAAAUUGCAGUUUUAGUUCCUUGCAAUUCUGAGGCACAAAAGUAGGUGAGACUGCUUUUGUAUCUGCAAAGUGCUUUAUUUCUGAGUGUAAUUCUAACUGAGUGCAAUCUAGGUUAAAAGCUGGACAACUGGGUAAUUAGAGCUCACUUGCUGCUAAAGGACGAUCAGCUGUACCGUAGCUCAUUUGUGUUCCCAGAGACUUGGUCUCUUCUCCCCUGAGCGGAGGCUGCUGGAGAAGAAGCAUCCGUCCCCGGACUUUUCUUGAUUGCGGAGAUGAUGGUGCUGGACAAGGAGGACGGUGUGCCAAUGUUAUCCGUACAACCCAAAGGGAAGCAGAAGGGCUGUGCUGGCUGCAACCGCAAGAUCAAGGACCGGUACCUGCUGAAGGCUCUGGAUAAGUAUUGGCAUGAAGACUGUCUAAAGUGUGCCUGCUGUGACUGUCGUCUCGGAGAGGUUGGAUCAACUCUUUACACAAAAGCGAAUCUCAUUCUUUGCCGCAGAGAUUACCUGAGGCUCUUUGGUACCACCGGGAAUUGUGCUGCCUGCAGUAAACUGAUCCCUGCCUUUGAGAUGGUGAUGAGGGCCAGAGAUAAUGUUUACCAUUUGGACUGCUUUGCCUGUCAGCUCUGCAACCAGCGAUUCUGUGUGGGAGACAAAUUUUUCCUGAAGAACAACAUGAUCUUGUGUCAGAUGGACUAUGAGGAAGGGCAGCUGAACGGGAGCUUCGAGUCCCAGGUUCAAUAACAAACCCUGCUUCGCUGAAGCACUGUGGGAUGGGUGCUCGGCCGCGCGAGCAGCGAGGGCGCCCGUCAGCUUGCCUGCAAUAUUUUUUUAAUUCUUGGUCCAGAGAGGACUAUAUACAUUGUAGUACUUUUCCCCCCCAACACAAAGCAGUUACAAUUUUAGAUGUACAGUUGUGCCUGCUUAGCUGAGCACUGCAUUGCCUGUAUGUUUGUGAGUUUUUGGGGUCUGGGGGAGGGCUCUGUACAGUCUGUUUUCUGUAUAUAAACUGGAACAUUUAUUUUAUGAAAAAUGUAAUGCAAUUUUAUUACUGGUGUGAAUUAAAAAUUAUGAAUGUUUCCUGGUCAUCUUAGCUGUGGUUUGUUCCCCAUGUGGUGAAGGCCUGUAUUUCCUGUGCUUGAUGUUGAACAGACUAUUAGAAAUGUAUACACAGAUCCCUGGAAACUGGAUGAAUAAAAGCAGAGGCGGGAGUUCACACACACAAACCGGGGGAAGAAAUGCUGCUGCAGAGUUAGACCUCUCCGCUCGAACCGUGCAGAGACUCGUGUCCAAAAACCUGCCGCGGUGUACGACGGGAGGGAAUGAGCCGUGGGCGGGCGACGGCUGGGAGCCGUCGGUGUCGCUGGCCGGGUCCCACGGAGGCCGCUGAGCAGCACUGAGCUGCUGGCGGAGAGGUCUCUCGCUUUUCACAUCUAUGAAUUUAGAAAGAGCAUUUCCAUGGCCAGGAGUGCUCGUUGGCCGGCUGAUACGGUGUCUCCAGUCUGGGCUGUGAGGAACAGGCUCCCUCCAGCCUUGCCAAAGGGUGCCCAGGCAUUGAUCAGAAUAUUAAUUUCCAGGCUUUGAUAGGCAGUGGGGUUUUCCUGUGGGGCAUCGCUUGUCCAGGUCUGAACUGCUGUGAGAGCUGAUGUCAGGGUUCGAAUGCGACCGGGCGCUGACGCAGCAUCCCUUUUCACAGCCCUUUUUGCUUACUCUGUGCCAGGUGCUUUGACCUCCCACGUUAACGAAAGCGAUCGGAUUUGAAGCAUCUCCCGUAGAAAAGCUCUGAACUGUGUUCCUGCUGCGAUGCUUUGUGCAAUGAUUUUCAAGGUUAUGCAAUUCAUGUGCAACCCACUGGACUGUACCAAACACGUUUCUUUGUAUGGUGAGUGUCACUUUAAUACAGUGCACCAGUAGCUGUAAAGGAUGGCUGCAAUUCUAUUUAUUUUGUCGUCUUGCUUUUUCUUAGAUUUACCCCCCUUUCCUCUAAUAAAUAGACACCGAGUA